AAUGCCUUGGUUUAAGCAUAUUUGGUUCUUCAAAUACUUUGAUCAGUUUCAUAAGAAAGAAAGAAAUCAAAUAUGGGUUCCAUUUCCAAGAGUUUCCUUCUCCUUGCUCUUUUAGCUGCUGUUGUUCUUCUCAUUUCUUCGGAAGUGGCAGCUCGAGAUCUUGCUGAAACUACCACUGAAAACAAUAAUGGUGAGGUGGCUACCGAAACAACCCAGGCUGAGCUAGAAGAUGGACGCGGAGGUUAUAAUGGAAGAGGACACGGAGGGAAAGGAGGGUAUGGAGGUGGGCACGGAGGGUAUGGUGGUGGUGGCCACGGAGGGUAUGGUGGUGGCCACGGAGGAUAUGGUGGUGGUGGCCACGGAGGAUACGGUGGUGGUGGCCACGGAGGAUACGGUGGUGGUGGCCACGGCGGUCACGGUGGACAUGGAGGAGGUUAUAAAGGAGGCUGCGCCUAUGGCUGCUGUCGUUCAGAUCAUCACGGAAGAGGCUGCCAAAGGUGCUGCUCUUAUGCUGGCGAGGCUGUCGAAGUUGAAACUCACGCCUAAUGUAGCCUUUUGCAUUUAUAGUUGGCAUGUAUCUUAAUAAAUAAAUGCUUCCUUAAUAUGGAGAUGUAAGUGGAAGUAUAAAGCAAUAAAAUUGUGCUUUACUUUUUCCCUA